CCUUCUUUGUUGUAAUCAUUAAUUAUCAAAAAAAAAGCCUUCUAACUUUGAUUUGUUUCCUUACUUUGCUUCUUCUAUGGCACUCUGAUGGAAUGCUAUUUAUAGAUUGAAGAAAGGGAGAAGCAGAAACUUAUUCUGUAGAGAUAAAGGAUAUAAUUUUGUGUGCAGAUACAGAGGGUCAAGAGGGGGUUUGGUAGAGACUGAUAGAGAAAUUGUAUUUAUUUUGUUUGGUUUUUGUAAAUUUUUUUGUUGGAUUUAAUUUCCAUGGCUGCUGUUGCGGAGAAUGCCAUCGGUUCGGAUGAUCAGUUCAUCCAUCGUCGCUCUUCUCCUACUAUUACUGCUGUUCAUUCUGCUGGUGAUGUUGCCCCAGAUUCUUCUUCUCCCAAUUCUGAUUCCAAAUCUGAGUUUCAGAGCGAUGUGCGCAAGCUUGUUGAUUUGCUCUCGAAAUUGAAUCCGUCUGCGAAGGAAUUUUUCCCAUCUUCUUAUUCGCCGGAUCGUCAAUCACAAUCACAGUCUCCGCCAAGUUAUUUUAAUGGGGUUAAUAAGGACUUGGCAAACAACGGGUCUGCGAUUUAUCGAAGGAAGAGGAACAAUUUCAGUCAGGGGAGGAGGAGGUUGAAUGGGAGAGCCCUUAGAGCUCAAAGAGAAGAUAGCAUUAGGCGAACAGUAUAUGUUUCUGACAUCGAUCAGCAUGUCACUGAAGAGCGGCUUGCUGCAUUGUUCAUUAACUGUGGACAAGUAGUUGACUGUCGUGUUUGUGGUGAUCCUCAUUCAGUUCUUCGGUUUGCAUUUAUAGAGUUUGCUGAUGAGCAAGGUGCAAGAGCAGCUCUCAACCUUGGUGGGACCAUGCUGGGUUACUAUCCCGUCAGAGUUUUACCUUCAAAAACUGCUAUAUUGCCCGUGAACCCUACAUUCCUUCCCAGGUCCGAAGAUGAACGGGAGAUGUGCGCCAGGACAAUCUAUUGUACAAAUAUUGAUAAGAAGGUUACUCAAAAUGAUGUAAAAGUUUUCUUUGAGACAAUCUGUGGUGAGGUUUCUCGCCUGAGGCUCUUGGGAGAUAAUGUGCAUUCAACACGUAUAGCAUUUGUCGAGUUUACCAUGGCAGAAAGUGCCAUUAUGGCACUGAACUGCAGUGGGAUGAUUUUGGGAAGCCUUCCGGUUAGGGUAAGCCCUUCAAAAACACCAGUAAGGCCUCGAGUUCCACGCAUAACAGUGAACUGACUAGUCUAAGAACCAUGAAGCAAUGUCAUUGGUUUGUUUGUUCCUUGUUGAGAGAGACUAUGUUGUGUUGAAGGGGUGGUGAAACUUUGUAGUUUCAGUAUGUAACCAUCUUUUCGUGGCAACAUUUUCUGCAUCUGAACGUUUAUGGCCUGAUCUUCAGGCUUUGAUAGAAUCGGCUCAUUCAUAGCUUUAU